AUGGCCUAUCAGGGAUCUGCGGCUGGCACUUACGAUGAACUGGCGGGCUUGCGAGCAGAGGGGAGGGAGCCGGGCUGGAGGAGGAAGAAGAUAGGAGGGUAUUUGAAGGCAGCGAAUGAAUUACGACAGUCAUAUUUCAGCCAGGAGAACGGCGGUGCGGGUACACGAGAUGGGACAUAUGAGUCGGGCGUGGAGGGACCCGGAGCUUUUCCAGAUGCUGCUGUCGUGAGAAGUGGGAACGAGGAGAUGGUACUCUUUCCCAGCUACGGCAGACGGCACGUCAAGAGGAAGACUGCGCCGCCUCCAGCAGCAACCGGCGAGGUGAACGAGCAGGACUACUGGCGAAGAGAAUGGGAGAGGCAUCAGGACGACAAUGCUAUCGUUGAUGUGGACGUAAGAGGGUGGAUUUAUACGCCUCACAGGGGCGCAACAACCCGGAAGCAGCGUUUGAUGAUCGGGCUUGCCAGACAGAUGGUGGGUAUCCAAGCACCACCAGCAGGAAGCUCGAGCGAAGGAACCUACGCCAGUUCGACCUCCAGUCGGGCGCCAAGCCCGCAGCGUUCGAAGCAGGAAGAGGAAUUCAUUGCCCGCGAGGCUGAGAACAUAGUGCGGAAGGGUGAACAGGAGGAACGGUAUGCACGGAGAGGCGCGUUCUCCGAAGUGCCACAGGCUGGGGGAGACGGUGACAGCCUGUAUGAGUACUCCAGCCAAGGCAACUCACGAGCUUCUUCACCUGAGCGUGGAAGAAAUCGCAUGUCGCAGGUCAGCCUUGCGUCUUCUACAGAUGGAGACUCUGGUACAAUGACACCGCCGCAGAGACGAACAACUGGGUCUCAGGCUGCGAAGAUGUCGAAUGCGGAGCUGCACAUGGCCAACCACCACCUGCUCACCCGCCUGAAGCCCUUCAUGGCGAAUCCACUGGCCAACUCUCCGAUCAGUGCUUUCUUCUACAACGAGUCGGUGUCGCGGCAGCACACCGUCUACACGGAUGCUUCUGGUCAUUUCUCAUGCCGAGCUGCGCUGGACUUCAUCCCAACCCACGUUCGUAUCUUAGCAGGAGAGAAAUUGUCCGCGACCGAAGAGGUCAACAUCACAUCGCCGAGAGGUGUCAGCAUGAUCAGCGAUAUUGAUGAUACCAUCAAGCAUUCAGCAAUCCUUGCAGGCGCUCGGGAGAUAUUUCGAAAUGCGUUCAUCCGUGAGCUCGGAGAUCUCACGAUCGACGGUGUCCGCGAAUGGUACAACACGAUGCAUGACAUGGGUGUGUCAUUGCACUACGUUUCGAACUCGCCAUGGCAGAUGUACCCUAUCCUUACCAGUUACUUCAAGAUGGCCAACUUGCCGAGAGGCUCAUUCCAUCUUAAACAGUAUUCUGGCAUGUUGCAGGGUAUCUUCGAGCCUGUGGCCGAACGGAAGAAAGCAAGUCUGGACAAGAUCAUGCGCGACUUCCCGGAUCGCAAGUUCAUCCUUGUUGGCGAUAGUGGUGAGGCAGAUCUGGAGGUGUACACCGACACUGCGCUGGACAAUCCAGGACGGGUGCUCGGCAUCUUCAUCCGGGAUGUCACCACUUCUUCAAAGGGCGGCUACUUCGACCCAUCGAAUGGUACGAGCGGAGGUGGCAUACGCAAUCACUCUAGAGGCAAGAGCACUGACAGCCUGUCUUCGAGCAAGCAACUUGCUCGGCCUAACGACAUUCGCAAUGACGAUGAGGACUUGCGGACUGCCAUUGCAGCUUCGCUAGCUGAUAUGGAGGAAGAGACUCGGCGAGCAAGGAGGUCCAUCAAUCCAGACUCGCCAUCGCCAGAAUACGCGGAGACUCCAAAGGCAAAGCCGGACCCGCCACCACGUCGAGGUACUGCCCGAUCCUUCACUCAGUUUCCGGAGGUAACGUCUCCAGAAGAGGACCUCAUCGACUUCAGUGAGGAGCCUGCUGCCAAGAAACCUUGGCUGGAACCUCCACCGCCCCGUCGAAGCUCUUCCGCCACGACUGUUAAAGCGAAUGGCACGUCGGGUCAGAAGUCCAUGCCUUCACCGCCACCAAAGCCUGAAGCCUUACGAAGUACUUCGCCGGGUCCACAUCAGUCGUCCGCCAGCCCAGAGCCCUCGAGCAAAACCCCUCCACCACGACCUCGCAAGCCAUCCAGCGCCGUCAAGGCACCAUCUCCGAAGCAGGUAGAGCAAUGGACUGCAAGGCCUCCUAUGCCCACCAUAACAACGAACAUGCCACAAGUGAAGCCAUCCCCACUAUCACAAGUGACACAGCAGUCACCCGAAACACCUAAACAACGCCCUCCCCUCCCCACGCGCCGAAACGAAAGCGCGCUGGCCAAAGGCCUAGCAACCACACACAAAGCCCUCGCACCGACCCUCUACUGGCAAUCCGAAACCGCCAUCGGCCAGCCCAGACCCGGCACCAGCCACGCAGAAACCCCUCGCCCCCUCUCCACAGCCUCCACCCGCUCAAUGUCCGAGCUCCGCCCCUCCACCACCCGAGCUCCCGCACCACCUCCCAUCCCUCCCCCUCCGCGACAACGCAACGCGCCUACCUACUCCACCACCACCACCCGCAAGACCACGAACCGCAAUUCCGGCGGCUGGGACGAUGGCAGCGGUGGCGGCGGCGGCGGCGGCAGUCUACCCGGUAGUCCCGGCGAGGCGGGCAUGAGCAAGAAGGAGUUUCUGUGGAGUCAGCGGUGGGCGCGGGCAAAGCAGAUGCUGGAGCGGCAGGGGGUGGUGCUGAGGAGUUGGAGGGUGGGGAGUGAUGUGGCGGAUGUUUGUGUGCGGUUGGCGGAGCAGGGGAUUAGGGAGGCGGAGAGAGAGGGGAAGAGUGGGAAAGGAGGGGCAGGUGGUUGA